AUGAACUCUACUACACUCAAUAUUACGAUUUUCAGCGAUGAGCUGGACCGCAAAGAAAGUCUGUUGGCAUCAAUCGCUUCUCAGCAAGUCUUUCUAGUCGCUUCCUUCUUGGUUGCCUGCUUAUUCUAUGCCCAUCAUGCAUCGCGCUCCAAGCUCCCUCUCCCUCCUGGUCCCCCUGGAUGGCCCGUAAUUGGCAACCUCCUCAAGUACCCAGACAGCCGAAGAUGGCUAACAGAGUACCUUUGGAAGUUCAACUAUGGCCCCUUAGUCUAUCUCAACAUUUUGGGGAAACCCAUGGUUGUCUUGACAACCGUGGAAGCAACACAUGAGCUUCUCAACAAGAGGGCAGCCAAGUAUUCCGGACGUGAUCUGAGCGUCAUGGCUGGUGACUUGGUAUCGAAAGGUUACAACCUCAUCUUCCGCCAGUAUGAUGCUCGGAUGCGUCUACAUCAGAGGUUGAACGUGGCUGGGCUGAACCCACGUUCUGCUGCGCUCUACGACCCAGUCCUACGUCUCGAGUCUCUUCAGCUCCUCCACGACAUCCUCACAGAGUCCAGAGCUCAGCCAGGCUCUGAGGGAGACCAGACUCCGCGUCCCUUCAACCCACGAUGGUACUUCCAGCGAGCCAAUGUUGGAAGUCUCCACGUCAUUCUUUAUGGAGACCGCCUUGUCAAAGAAGACCCCACUACUGCUGGCAAGAUGGACUUCCUCCUCACCUGCCCGACACUCCAGGCCCUUCAGAACCCACCCCUUGUCGACAUUUUCCCUUGGUUGAAGUCCAUUCCCUAUGCACUAUCUCCUUGGAAGCUGCGUGCCGAGUCCAUGUUCAAGGAAGAAGAGGCAUAUCACCUCCGCAACCUGCGCAACGCAGUGAACCAGCCCGGGUACAAUGUCGCGAAGCAGGUGGCCGAUAGUGCGAAGCGCUUGAACAUGGAGCUGAGCGACACAGAGAUCAGUUGGGUCAUUGGGACGCUGUUUCUUGCCAACGGUGACACCAGCCCGACCUUCAUCACUUGGUUCCUGGUGAUGAUGAUCAAUUACCCUCGAGUGAUGCACAAAGCCCAGCAAGUGCUGGACGAAGUUGUCGGACGUGAUCGUCUGCCCACGCACGAUGAUCGACCGCGGAUGCCAUACAUCGACGCCAUCAUUGACGAGGUGAUGCGUUACCGUCCCGUCGUCCCCUCUGGAGUCGACCACCUCUCCGUGGAGGAGGACGAGUACAUGGGCUACAGGAUUCCCAAGGGCACUAUAAUUGUCACCUCCCAAUUCUCCCUCGCCAGAGACAAAGCUGCUUUUGGUGCGGAUGCCGAGGAGUUCAGACCAGAGCGGUGGUUGGAGAGGAACGAUCUUCCGAUCAUAGGCUUUGGAAACGGGCGACGGGUCUGUCCUGGAAGGCAUGUCGCGAAGGAAAUCUUAUGGAUCAUGGUGACUCGUCUGCUGUGGGCUUAUGAGAUGGAAGCGCCCAUUGACCCAGAGACGAAGAAGAAGAAGGUCAUUGACGACAGGGACACCGUACCGGUGGGGAUCGUCAUUGGCCCCUCGCCAUUUGAGGCUGUCUUCACGCCAAGAGGCAAGUGGGUGGAGGAUAUCAUCGAGAAUGACUUCAACAAUGCGGACUUUGAUGUAAACAGGAUCAUGGAGGAUGUGGCAAGGUCUAAGGGUCUCUAG